AUGGGGACCAAGCGGGAGAACGUGAUCUUCGCCGGUAUUGAGGUCCAACCACCGGACGAAGAAAGUUACAAGAGCAAGGUGUUUUUGAUCGCUUGCACUGCUGAUCUGCAGGCGAAAGCCCUUGUCAUGAACAUGAAGCAGCACAAUGGUAAAUGUGGCUGCCCUAAGUGCAAGCAGCCAGGCACCCACAUUGGACACAAACAACAAUGGCCAUAUCAAGUGCACGACCCAAAGGGACCAAGGCGCACCCAUGAAGAAACGAAAGCUCAUGCUGCAGCUGCUUCAGACACUGGCAAAGAUGUAUGUGGGAUUAAAAACCCAUCAUCAUGGCUAACAGCGGUGCCACACUUUGACAUAGUGGAAGGCAUGGCAAUCGACUACAUGCAUGGAGCGUUGCUGGGUGUGGCAAAACGUAUGAUAUCAUAUUGGUUUUCGGAAACUUCAACCAACAAACACAAAGAUUGGUACUGUGGCAAUUCAAAACACGAAAUUGACUACAUGCUGGAGAAUAUCAAGCCACCGAUGGAAAUUCACCGUAGACCCAGGAGCAUCACUGGACAUCUUCAACAUUGGAAAGCCUCGAAGUUUCGUGCAUGGCUACUCUAUUACUCGCUGCCAAUCAUGGUGCACUUCCUGGAUCCUAAGUACUACGAGCAUUAUGCCCUGUUUGUGAUGGCCCAACAUAUCCUUCUGCAACAGUCCAUUACUGAGGAUGACGUGGACAGGGCUGAACAGCUCCUCCUGCAGUUUGUAAGCCAGUUCGAAAGUCUGUAUGGAGUUCAGGAGGUUGUCUGCAAUGUGCACAGCCUUGUGCACUAUGCCGACAAUGUGCGUGAACUGGGACCUUUAUAG